AUGAAGAAGGUUAAUUCUGAUAUCAAUCUUUUCACCAAAAAUAUGUCCACACCCAACAGCCUCCAUCAUUUAUAUGAUACAUGGCUUCUCAAGUUUGACCAAGCCGAGCCACCCCUUCACCUGCAUUUCCACAUGAAUGUGAUGGCCAUUGGCAAUGUUGCUGACCAGAACAACUUCUUGGACCAAACUAACUGGCCUUUCAAAAUUACCAUUGGUGGAAGCAACUACACUCUCUUUGCUCGUGGUUACUGGGCAAAUUCACACUACUGGGCCAAAGUUCUGCGGACUUUGGGAGGCGUCACUGGGAUCUGGUUGCAUAAUGAUAUGGAAAACAAUGGCUAUGCUUGCUUAAUCAGCAGUUUCCCAAGCUCACUUGCUGGCCCUGACCCUUCAACAAGCUGGGUCAUCUAUUCCCAAACUUGGACCACCCUGGAACAAGACUAUGUUGAUAAAGCAAUCCAAAGGAUUUCCAACAGUAACCCUGAUCAACCUGGACACUUACCCUUCCAGAGCUGGAAAAACAUCCUCUCAAGCGCUUCUGAUUCUGGUACACCUCUAGCCAUUCCUCCGUCCAAAAAGCCACCCAUCCCAGAUGGAGAAUUUGUUCAAGAGGACCAAAAAUCCUUGUCGCCGCCAAGAUUCAAGAAACUAGUGGCUGCAACAAAAUCACUAGGACCAGCUGAACCAAAGAAAAAAGGGCCAUGGAAACCCAAGAAAGUCGGUACCACAAAACCCAAUACAGUCAAGAUACCUGCCGAGAUACCUGCCGAGAUACCUACCGAGAUACCUUCCAAGAUGCCUGCCAAAAUAAUUGCCGAGAUGCCUGCCGAAAUACCUGCUGAGAUGCCUGCCGCAAAUGUUGAGAGACCCUCUCAGACCGCUGAGAAGCCAAAACUGACAUUCCGAUUGCGGCUCAUCCCACCUACUCAACCUCCGGCCCAAAAUUCAGCCAAUGGGCAAAUAACCCUGACUGACCCCUCUGGCGUACAGGAGGUUGCCAACAAUGGGAAUCAGAAGAUACGUAGAUCCACUAGAGCAAAGAAAUCAACUCAGUAG